GAAAGCUUCGAAUUUGAAGAGUCAACAAAUAUGGGCUGGACUCAAACACAAAAAGGGAAGGAAAAUAAAAGCCGGUCAAUUAUAGAUGACUCUUCUAGAAACAAGGAAGUAGCAAAGACCAACAUGGACAUUGCAGAAGGGGACCCGUUCUGGAAAGGAUUCGAAGCAGAACAAAGAGGCAUAGAAGAAUGGAUCAAGAAGCAAAGAGAAGAGGGCUCAACGAAGAAGAAGAGGAGAAUCAAGAUGUGUAGAUCCGUGUAUGCAAAAUCAAGAGCAGUGGGUGUGGGUUCAAAAUCAAAGAAAGGAAAAAGAAAACAGCGCAUGCAAGAUGCAGAGGGGAGAACCGAGCCAAGUUUCCUACCUUGCUCAAAGGGGAACAUUGCGGGUGACUCAGUAGGUGAUAGCGAAAUCCAGAAUUGCAAUAGAUGUUUGAAGAAGCAAGUGCAGAAUCACUUAGCACUGGAGAUUUGGGACCUUGCGAAAAAGCUGGGGGCAGUGGCUGAGGAUGAUAGGGAGAUCAUUCAAAGAAUUGAAGAGUUGGAGAGUAGAGACAGCCGAGACAAAGCAAAGAUGGCAAGUCACGGUUCUGGGGGUGUGAGGAAGAUGACAUGGAGUGGAUUUCAAAACCAUCGGUGGGCAUGUCUGGUGGUUUUCUGUGUGUUUGGAAUCCUAAGAUCGGUGUCGGACCACUGCCCUAUUUUACUGAAAGAAGAAAAGAUUGACUGGGGCCCAAAACCAUUUAAAUUUUUUGAUGCUUGGCUGGAGCAAUCGGGUUGUAAGGAGACUAUUAGAAUAGCGUGGAAUUUAGGUGAAAUAAAUGGAGGGAAAGGAUACAAGCUUAAGGAGAAACUGAAAAUGACCAAGAAAGCACUGAAGGAUUGGAGCAGCAAAUCAAUGGCAGAUGUGGAUAGAAAAAUCAGUGAAUCUGAAAAGAUGAUAGUGGUAAUAGACGAACAAGGAGAGAAGAACACAUUGUCUGAUAUUGACAUUGAAAAAAGAAGAAAUUGCUUUUUAGAGCUAUGGAAGCAUUUGAGAAUCAAAGAGAGAAUGUGGCAGCAAAAUUCAAGAAUGGCGUGGCUGAAAGAAGGGGAUGUGAACACAAAGUUCUUCCAUAGGUGUGUGAAGGGAAGAAGCAGAAGGAAUGAAAUCAACUACAUCCUGAUAAAGGGUAAACAGCACACUGGGGUACUGGGAAUAAAAAAAGCAGUUGCUGAAUACUUUGAAGAACUGUUUACAGAAGAAAUUUGGCAAAGACCGAGGCUGGAUGGGAUUAGUUUUAACCAGAUUUCAGGGGAAGAUAAUGAACUCCUCACAGCCUUAUUUUCUGAAUUGGAAAUCAAACAAGCUAUAUGGGAAUGCAGUUCUUCAAAAUCCCCAGGCCCAGAUGGGUUUAACUUUAGAUUUAUUAAGGAGAUGUGGGAAGACAUCAAAUCAGAGAUCAUCGAUUUUGUUCAAGAGUUUCACAGGCUUGGAAGACUGGUAAGAGGAUCGAAUGCAUCCUUCAUUGUCUUGAUUCCAAAAGUUGAGAACCCUCAAAGAAUAGAAGAAUUCAUACCUAUUUCGCUUAUUGGGGUCAUGUACAAGAUUAUAGCAAAAUUGCUAUCAAAUCGCCUUCAGAAAGUGCUUCCAAAGAUCAUCGGGGAACAGCAAAUGGCAUUCAUCGGGGGUAGACAGCUAGUUGAUGGAGUUGUGAUAGCAAACGAGGUCAUUGAUGAGGCCAAGAGAAAGAAGAAGAAAAGCUUUUUGUUCAAAGUUGAUUUUGAGAAAGCUUAUGACAAUGUCUGUUGGGAUUUCAUUGAUUAUAUGAUGAGGAGAAUGGGAUUCAAUACAACCUGGAGAACUUGGAUACGGGAAUGUCUAACAUCGAGCUCGGUUUCAGUUCUCAUUAAUGGAAGCCCAACAAAUCAAUUCCCGGUUAGCAAAGGGAUUAGACAAGGUGACCCGCUAUCACCCUUCCUAUUUUUAAUAGUAGCUGAAGGAUUAAAUGGGCUAGUAUCCUCUGCAGUGGAGAAACAGCUAAAUAAAGGAGUGGCAGUGGGGAAUGAAGGUGUCUCGGUGUCACACCUACAAUUUGCGGAUGAUACAAUUUUUUUCAGAGAGGCAUCGGAAGACAAUAUUGGGGUUAUUAAAAGCAUAAUGAUAACUUUUGAGCUAGUGUCUGGUCUUAAAAUUAAUUUUGGGAAGAGCCAAUUAAUGGGGGUAGGGGUUGAAGACAACUGGAGAAAUAAGAUGGCUUACAGGUUGUGUUGUAAGGAAAGGGAGCUUCCAUUCAAAUAUUUGGGAAUCCCAAUCGGAGGAAAUCACAAAAGAGUGGCAAUGUGGCAGCCAAUGGUAGAAUCAUUCAAAAAAAAGCUAACUACUUGGAAGGGUCGGUACUUAUCAUUGGGAGGCCGUAUCACGCUCAUUAAUUCGGUGUUGUCCAGCCUGCCCGUGUUCCUCAUGUCGGUCUAUUUAAUCCCAAAAGGAAAAGACAACAAGUGCUAUCAAAUGGGAAAUGAUGGAAAUGAACAAAGGGGUUGGAACCUCCAAUGGAGAAGAAAGCUAUUUGACUGGGAGACUGAAGAGGCAAAGGAGCUCCAACAAUUGAUAGAAGACAAGAGGAUCACGCACGGAAGGCCUGACUUGUGGGAAUGGAUGCAUGACAAGGAUGGACAAUACUCCACUAAGACAACAUACUCAAUCCUAACAAAAGAACAGAUAGAAACAAAUGAGAUCUCGACAUUUAGAAGAAUAUGGAAUCCCAAAUUUCCAAGCAAAGUUUCAGCCUUCAACUGGCAACUUUUGCUGGACAGAAUCCCAACAAAAGCAAAUUUGGUCAUUAGAGGGAUUCUUGGAGAAUCAAAAGAUGGCAAAUGCGUCUUUUGCAAAGUGGAAGAUGAGGACUCCAGACACCUAUUUUUGAAAUGCAAAAUAACCAGGUGGGUGUGGCAAGAGUGCGCUAAAUGGUGGGGAACAGAGGUUCGGUUGGGAAGGGAUUGCUGGAAUUCAUUUCAAAUGUUUGGGAAAUGGAGUAAAGAUCCUAAAUUAAAAGAAGGCUGGGAUUGCAUCUGGAGUAAUGUAAUUUGGACAGUGUGGCUUGCUCGGAAUCAAAUGAUUUUCCAAGAUAAAAAAACUGACCCGAGAAAGUUGCUGGAAAUCAUCCAAGUGCGAUCCUUUCAAUGGAUUACUGCAAAUCUGGACAAGUAUGCUUUUACCCUCUCAGAUUGGCUAAUUAAUCCAGUAGAAUGUCUUAAAGGUAUACAUGCUGGUAGGAAUAAGAGGGACUGAUGAGGAGAUAUCGGGCUGCAUAAUUUUUGCUUAGUAUAGAAAUUGAGUUGGGUCAUGAUGGCUAAUUUGAGCAGCUCUUGACUAUAGUCUACUCCUUAAUGGAUUGAGUGGGUUAAGUAGAUGUAGUCAAUGUAUGCUCAAUGAUAUGAUUGCCAGUGGGCUUCAAUAUUGGGAAGAUUUUGAUGUUCUAAUCAGGGAGCUAUGAAGUGUAUGCAAUGGCGGAUUGAAUUUCGUCAC